UGGGCUCUGAAGCACCUGGGACACUCCCAACAGAGCAACUCCUGUCUGCCUCCCUGCCUCUGGCCAUGGCCUGCUGGCAUCUGGCCCUCCUUCUGACUGGGACCCUCCUGUCUGUCUUUCAGCCAGGCUUACCCCAGCCAGAUGCACUGCUGGUCUUUCCAGGCCAAGUGGCCCAACUCUCCUGCAUGCUCAGCCCCAGCCAUGCCACCAUCGGGGAGUACGGCGUGUCUUGGUAUCAGCAACGGGCAGGCAGUGCCCCCAGAUACCUCCUCUACUACCGCUCAGAGGACGACUACCACCGGCCCCCUGACAUCCCUGACCGCUUCUCGGCAGCCACAGACGCCGCCCACAAUGCCUGCAUCCUGAUCAUCAGCCCCGUGCAGCCCGAGGACGACGCAGAUUAUUUCUGCUCUGUGGCUUACACAUCCUAGGGGUGGAGCGUGGGCUUCUUGUCUGCCUCUCAUUCCUGCACUCUGAUCUUGGGCCCCCCUCU